AUGGCGAAAGCAUUUUGCAGCACAUCAAGCCUCUCGCUUGAGAAGGCAGGCGUCUACAUUGGUGGCGGGUCGUUUCGUGAGGUUUUAACGCCGAGAAAGAAAGAUGGGCAAACACAACUCCAGCGGGGACCGCAUCCAGAAUGGGCCACCGUCUUCACUCUGGACUGGACCCCAGAAGAAGAAAAGAGACUGGGUUUCGCAAACUCGGCUUUCGCGCUCCGUUCCCUGCGUGGCACCAUCUACUUCCUCGCCUACAUGGACAGAGCCAACCUCGGAGAUUUGAAGAUUCUGGGCCUGGGGACAAGCUCCUCUAUCGAAGGCGCUCUGGGGAUGUAG